UAUUGAAUGUGCAGAUGUGCUAGGAUCCUGUGCGGAGACAGAGGAAGCUGCUGUGUUUUUGCCUGUGGAAAUUGGGUCAGAAGACACCAAGGAAGAUCAAGCGCCCAGCAAGGGGUCCGAGGUUCAGCUGACCAAAGACCAGUGCUGUGCAGCUCUUAUCUCACCUGUCAGCACUUGCGGUGUCCUCUGAGAGCAGUCGUUCAGGGCAGAGUUGUUCUGCAUCCACCAAGAAGUCAAAAGACCUGUGUGCAGUGCCUCCGGCUCUCUCCUCCGCAUCAUGAAAGCACCCGUCAUCCUCUACGUCCUCUUGGCUUUCCUAGACCAAGGCAGCUCGCUCCAGUGUGAAGUUUGCCAUGCGUUAGGGGACAGCUGUUCUGGCCCCAUGGAGACCUGCAAUCCUGGCGAAGAUACCUGUGGUAUUAUCAAAAGUGAAAUGACACUAGCGGAAUUGAAGACGCGAACCUACACAAAAUCCUGUCUCAGCUCUGAUGGUUGUCGCAAUCCCCCUCUUAGCAUGGACUUUGGGAAAGGAAUAAGACAGAGAACCAGUAUUGCCUGCUGCACCGGGGAGGCCUGUCAAAGUACAUCUGUCCAACUGCCACCAGUGAACACCACUCCCAAUGGCUUGCAGUGUCUAGCAUGCUACAGCAUGGGAUCUUAUGACUGUGACAGUGUGAUUGCAUAUUGUACCGGGUCCGAGACCUACUGCAUUGAUUUCGCAGGGACACUUCUCAUGGGGGAAGUCCCUUUGAAAGCCGCAAUGAAAGGCUGCACCACUCUGUCUGAGUGCAAAGUUCCAGAAGAAGACAGAAAGGCACUUCUCGGCUUCUCCAUGAAUUUUAAUAGGUUUGAAUGCAAGCCAGCCUCUUCUGCAGCCAGCAAGGCUUCUGGAUGGACCCUGCGAGCCAUCCUCUGGUUUCCCAUCAUGGCCAGGCUCAUCUUGACCAAGACCAUUUCCUGAUAUUCCCAAGGGGCAAGAAAUGCAAAGUCUGAUGAUGGAAAUCAUAAUGCUACAUAAUACUCUGCCUCCUCGCUUUUGUGCGAUUCUUUCUGCUAUGGCUUCUGUCCGCCGGUGGCUCUUUUCUCUCUGGGUCUCGACACAAGACAUGGUCAUACUGAUGUGAACGAGGAGAAAACACACAACAUUUUACCCUACUGUAUUCCCAUUUAUUACAAUCUAGGGUAGAGUUAAUCCAGGAAAAAUCAGAGGUCAAACUUGUGUCCCCUCUUAAACUUGAUAUGCUUACUUUGGUGUAUGGAAGUCAUGAAGCGAAACCAGCAUUAAUGAGUCAUGUCCAGCUCAGCGUCUUGCAUGUGUUUAAUUUAUCAGGGUUUGUGAUGUGUUCUGUGGCUGUUUAUCCCAGGCUGGGAGGUAGGGACACACUGUUUAACAUCUUCAGCAGCGACUUGGACGAGGGGGUGGAAAGCACGCUGUCCAAGUUUGCUGAUGACACUAAUAUGUGGGGCAAGGUGGACACACUUGAAGUGAGAGAGAGACUGCAGCUAGAUCUAGACAGACUACAAAAGUGGGCAGACGAGAAUAGGAUGGGGUUCAACGUAGACAAACGCAGGGUGCUGCACCUUGGGAGAAGGAAUCCACACCCUAUGUACAGGCGGGGGAGCUCCCCUCUUGAAAGCACAGAGGCGGAAAGGGAUCUUGGAGUCAUUAUUGACUCCAGGAUGAACAUGAGCCGCCAAUGCCAGACCGCAGCCAGCAAGGCCAGCCAGACCUUGUCAUGCAUCCAAAGGUGCAUCUCAAGCUGGUGCAGAGAGGUGAAACCCCCCUCUAUGCGACUUUGGUCAGGCCACAGUUGGAGUACCGCAUCCAGUACUGGGCGCCGCACUUCAGGAGGGAUGUGGCCAGCAUGGAGAGGGUGCAGAGGAGGCCACCCGCUUGGUGAGAGGCAGCAGGGCAAGCCCUAUGAGGAGAGACUGAGGGACCUGACCCUGUUCAGCCUCAGCAAGAGGAGGCUGAGGGGGGACCUGGUGACUGCCUACAAGCUCAUCAGGGGGGAUCAACAGGAUAUAGGCAGAGCCCUUUUCUCCCCAGCACCACCUGGCGUGAUGAGGAACAAUGGUCAUAUGUUGAUGGAGAAUAGUUUUAGGUUGGAGAUCAGAAGGCAAUAUUUUACAGUUAGGGUGGCCAAAAUCUGGAACCAACUUCCUAAAAUGCCUCUACACUAAUGCUCAUAGCAUGGUGUGAUCAUCGCCUGCUAGAAUUCACCAUCCAGUGCAGGGUGUCAAGGGCCUGCAGUAAGGCAGUAGCCCUUGACUUCAAGAGGGCCAACUUCAAUGAAUUGGGGAGAUUGGUAGGAGAGGCACUGGGAUCCCGGAGGGUAGGGGAACUGGGCGUCCAAGAUGAGUGGUCAUUGAUUAAGGAGACGAUCCUUCGAGCCCAAGGGGUAACAGUCGCAAUGAGAAUCAAAGGGGGCAAGAGUGCUCAAAUCCCCCUUGUCUCACCAAAGGCAUUCAGGAACACCUGAAAGCCAGAAAGGAGGCGGACACCCAGUGGAAGGGAGGAGCUAUCACCAAAGAGGAGUAUACCUCCAUUGCUCAGGACUGUAGGGAGGCUGUUAGGAAAGCUAAGGCAGAUACAGAACUAGGUCUAGCAUCAAGGAUCAAGGGCAACAAAAAGUCCUUUUUUAAAUACACAGGGAGCAUGAAGAAGGCACCGGGUAACAUGGGGCCCGUGCUGGAUACAGUUAGUAAUCUCGUGGUUGCACCAGAGGAAAAGACAGACAUUUUUAACAAUUUCUUUGCCUCCAUUUUUUUGUGUGCAGGGACUGGGAUUCCCCCACUGAGAUUCAGGAUGGACUCAGAAGAGACUCUGCCAGGCCUAAGGUCAGGGAGGACCAAGUUAGGAAACUUCUGGAGGGGCUGGAUGUGUUCAAAUCAGCAGGUCCAGAUGCUCUCCACCCCGGGGUGCUGAGGGAAUUGGCAGGAGUUAUCAAGGGGCCUCUGGCACGGCUUUAUGAGCACUCGUGGUGUUCUGGCCAGGUGCCAAAUGACUGGAAGAAGGCAAUGUGGUCCCAAUUUUCAAAAAAGGGAGGAGGAAGGACCCGGACAACUAUAGGCCCGUUAGUCUUAAUUCGAUUCUGCGGAAGCUCUUUGAGAAGAUUAUCCAGGAGCACAUCUGUGAAGGAUGCAGGUAUUGGGGCAGAUGUAGUUUUUCUGGACUUCAUGAAGGUCGUUGAUAGUGUCUCCCACCCC